CGGCUCACUAGAGAAGGAAUAAGUGGCGGCUGAAAAAGUCAAAGCACAAACGUUAAAGUCUCUCUGUGUGUGGGUGGAUUGUACUGCUGCCGGGGAGCCGCUGGGCAAGCGCCUGCUCCAGUGUGCGCAUCGCGGGGCGGAUUAGAUGAGUUUGACUUCACGAUGAGGAGCGACCCUCUUCUGUUCACUUCCAACCGGGUGAUGGAGGAGCUGGUGUGCGAGCUUCGUCUGUUCCUGGACCUGUUGGACAGGGAGUAUCUGAGCGCUGGCGUUCGAGAGAAGAAGAUGCACCUCUCCAACAUCCUCCACAGAGUCCUGUCGGAUAAAGAGCCUUCAUACAAGUCAGAGAUCCAAAGUGGUCUGCUGGCCCCGCCUCAGAUGCCGCUCCCUGAGAUCCCUCAACCCUGGCUGCCUCAAAACAAUGGCCCUCCUCCUCUGCCCAGCUCCUCUCUACCAGAAGGCUACUAUGAGGAAGCAGUUCCUUUAAGUCCUGGAAAGGCUCCUGAAUACAUCACUGCCAACUAUGACUCAGACGCCAUGAGCAGCUCCUAUGAGUCGUACGACGAGGAAGAGGAGGAUGGGAAGGGCCAGAAGAUGCAUCACCAGUGGCCAUCUGCAGAGGCAUCCAUGGACCUGGUGAAGGACGCUCGUAUCUGUGCAUUCCUGCUGCGCAAGAAGCGCUUCGGCCAGUGGACCAAACUCCUCUGUGUCAUCAAAGAUAACAAACUGCUGUGUUACAAGUCCUCCAAAGACCACACCCCCCAGAUGGAGCUGACCCUAACAGGGUGCAGCAUCACUCACAUCCCCAAAGAUGGCAAGAAGAAGAAGCACGAACUGAAGAUUGUCCACCAGGGGGCGGACGCCCUGGUGCUGGCUGUGCAUAGCAAAGAACAGGCCGAGGAGUGGCUCAAGGUGAUGAGAGAGGUGUGUGUUAAUGGGGGUGUAGACUUGGAUAGAGCUGGAUCUGGAUCACCAGUUCACAAACCCGAACUGGAAAAGAAGGCCUCGUGUGACAGACCGAGCUCCGAUGGUGAAGUGACUCAUGAGAACGGACAAAGCGACUGCAAGGACCAAGCAAAAGGAAAGAAGAACUCAAAGUCUGAACAAAAGACUGGGACCGUGGGGAAGGGAGCGGGGAAGAAGAUCACUAAAAUCAUCGGCCUGGGUAAGAAGAAGCCCUCCACAGAUGAGCAGACCUCGUCAGCAGAGGAAGAAGUCCCCUCAUGUGGCUACCUGAACGUGUUGUCCAAUAACCGUUGGAGGGAGCGCUGGUGUCGCCUAAAAGACAACCAGCUGCUACUCCAUAAGGACCGCGACGACCUGAAGAGCCACAUUGCCUCACUGCCCCUUCGAGGCUGCGAGGUCAGCCCCGGCCUUGACCACAAACACCCCUUUGCCUUCCGCCUGCUCCGUAACGGCCAGGAGGUCGCUGUGCUGGAGGCCUCCUCCUCUGAGGAGAUGGGUCGCUGGUUGGGGAUUCUAUUGGCUGAGACUGGCUCCACCACCGACCCUGCCACUCUGCACUAUGACUACAUCGACGUGGAGACCACCGCCAAUGUCAUCCAGCUGGCCAAGCAGUCCUUUUGUUUCACCAGUAAGCGUGCUGUCUCUCCUAACCCGUACCUGGACAACCCUGUCAAUGGUUACGCCUGCCCCACUGGAAUGGCUCUGCACUAUGACGACGUGCCCAUUAACGGAACGCUGAAGGGAAAGAAGGGCACAGGGCCCAAUGGGACAUCAUCCAAACAGAAGACAGACCUAAAGAACCAGACCAAGAAGAAUGGAGUCAAUGGGACGAUCGGGACAGCCUCUCUGAAACGCAACGGCUCUGAUGCAGAGCAGUGCAAGUACGGUAAGAACCGCGUGGAGGCAGACGCAAAGCGGCUGCAAGCCAAAGAGGAGGAGCUGAUGAAGAAGAAGCAGGAGAUCAGGAGCCAUCUGACCCUGUUGAAGAAGGAGAGGAGAGACCUGCGCACUGCAGUGGAAGCUGCUGCUGGCAAACGCUCACACGCCUCGCUGUCGGAGCGACUGAAGAAGGUGGAGGAGGACUGCAGGCAGAGGGAGGAGGAGCGGGUCAACCUGGAACUGGAGCUGACUGAGGUGAAGGAGAGCCUGAAGAAAGCCCUGAGCGGAGGGGUCACCCUGGGCCUCACCAUCGAACCAAAAGCUGGCUCCUCUGGAAUCCAGUCCCCUGCAACACUGCGACGAGCCCAGGAGUCUUCUCCCUUCUCCAGCUGCGACACCAGUGACACGGAGUCCUGCUCCCUGCCGGUCAACAGCGCAUCACUGCUCCGCCGGCAGCAGGGGGGUCAGAAGGCCUCGCCAGUCCGGGGACACGUCCUCAGGAAGGCCAAGGAAUGGGAGCAGAAGACUGGCACAUAAACCAGCUACGCCCUCACAUCACUCUAUAUUCCUGUCUUUUUAUUUCUUUCAAAAAAUAUAUGUAUAUAUUUAUUUAAAACUGUUCAUACAGUCUUAGAGUGUGUUGAGGAGCACACAAGCAUAGCAUUCACAUAGUGCCACAACAUACAGACGUAGCAUCCUUUUUAAAAUCUCUUACAUUGAGCAUGCUUAGUGUACUUCGUUGUGCGACUUGUGUUGUCCGCUCUACUUUCUUUUCACCUUUAUCUUUGAUUUACAUUGUGGGUUCAAAAAGGUCAAAACCAAGUAUUUAUUUGUAAAUGUUUAGAGGAAAUAUAAGCUUCCUUCUUUUAUUUAUGUUGAUGUAUUUAAAGUUAUUUUUGAUGAAUUUGUGGCGCUCCACAGAAUCCCAUCUCCCACAGCGUCAUGUGUGUCAGCAUCAGCAAACACAGUGCAUCACAAUAACUGUAACACACAGCAACUGAGGAACUACGCAGCUCCUCUCUAAGGGCUAUUUCCAGAAGCACAAGAAUUCUUAAGAUCAUCCAAACUCUUAAAAACACAAUGAAUUGUGGAGGUUGAUUUGAGACAUGUUGACAUGUUCAACUAUGGAGGACAGGUUUAUGCAAAGCAGUGUAGAUGCAGAAAAUGAACAAUUUUUAAGAAAGAAAUGAGUCAUUGAGACAUCCCAUAAAUGAAAUUGCCAUUCAUUGUUUUAACGUGGUCAGGGUUAGUUUGUUUUCUUUGUAACAACCUGUUAACUUUUACACUAGCAGUCCAUAUUUUCUCUAUCUGCAGAGGUGACUGAAGCUUAGAAUAUCAUCAUUUGACUCAGAAAUGUUAUAUGAGUAUGAACACGCACAAAAAGGAUGCCGUUUAUUGUGCUCCUGCUUUUAUCCAGUAUUCAUACACCCUUCUAUUAGUAAAAAUGACCAUGGUAAGAAGGAUGUGUCCCUCUACUGUUGUUAAGGGCAAAACAAAACUAACUUCUAAGAGAGAUAAAUGAAGUGAAACGGUAAUCAGCUAGUAGCCACAGGUUUGUCUGGCUACAACUGCAAAUUCUGUUCUAACAGAGCUUUUUAAGCUAGCAAAUGGAAUGAACACAAUCAAAGUCUCACCUCACCUUCACCCCUAACUGAAAGCUGUUUUACCAUUGGAAGCCGCUAGUAUUCAGUCACCCAGUGCAGUUUUCGCCAUGCUGUUUCAGCGGUUAAUGAGUAAUCAGGCUUCUUUAAAUUGUCCCUAAGUGUGAUGCUGAUGUCUGUCAUCAGGCUGCAGCAGGAAUCUAGCCGGCUGUGUGUUAGUGUUCAAAAGCCGAGCCCUUGGAAAACUCAGAAACUUCAACCGCCGUUGCUGAACGUUAGUCCCUCAUCCAAGAGCCUCUGUCCAGCUCCUUUAAUCAGGCCACUGGUUUACUGUAGUUGAGUGUGAUCUGACCCUCUGUGUCUAUUAUUGUG